CUGUGGCUUAAGUACUAAAAGUGGCACAGGCAAGCUGUAUGUUUGCAAUUGGGAGGGGACAGGCAACACUGGUGGAUAGGACAAGGAGCGGAAAACAUAGCAGCAGAUCAGUCAGGAAACGCAGGGCAAAAAGCAGGAAACGAGGAGCAGGCUGGGCAGGGGAAAGGGAUCUGAAUGUCUUGCGGGGAGGCAACAGGGCUGAUUUGUGGCAAACCUCCUAAAAAGUUUGGCCCCCACUGCACUAAGUUAUCCUUUCCAUGCACUCCUUUAUUUCAAAGACUCUCCACUGGAGCAAAGUAUCCACUGUUACACAUGAAAGCAACUCUUUGAAGGCCACUGUAGAAAUACCUGGUCACUCUAAUUUCAUGCCAGACUUGGUUAAUGAGCUCUUUAUUACACUUAACAAAUUCAGGAUAAAUGGGCUUGGUUGCCUCCAUUACCUUAAAACCAGCUAAAAUACAGAGAUCCUCCUGUAAGCCUCUGUGAGGUCACUGCUACAUCUCCUAGAUCAAGCAGAAUUGCUGACCAGCCCCAGGCCUCUGUGAGGUCACUGCAUUGUGCUCUGUGGGACUGGCUGAUUGCCACAGCCUACAAUAUGAGUACUUCAUAGAGAUGAGCUCACUCUUCCCCCCGUUUCUACUUCAUGAAAGAUGUAUCUUUCUUUUCCCAGUAUCACCAAGAACCUGUAAAGAUUGACCCUGCACAUUGCCUCCAUGGUGGAUCCAGCCUGCAGACUGUCCUCAUCUACAGGAUCCAGCCUGCAGACCAGCCCUGAACCACUCACCUGGCCCCCUGGACUAGAAGAUAAAGCAACAUGCUGCUUCAAUUCUUUUAACAUCUUCCCCUUACGUCUUGGGCCUAAUAUUUUUGUGGAAUGAAGGGCGUGUUUUUCAUCUGCAUUCUGAGUUUGUGAUUUCAGUGAAAUACAAUGAACUGAACUGAACCCAAGAAUUUUGAAAGCAGUGUGCAGUCUCCUUCCUGGAAAUGUUGUCCUUCUUGGGUUCAGAGACAGAUGAGGAAAGACUGAUCAAAGCCAGCCAGACUCUGUAUGAUUAUGUGUAUUUAUAUGUCUCUUCAACCAACACAAUAUUCAGAAUCCUCAAUCAGCACCUUGGUACCCACUUCCCCAUCAUUUCAGUGACAGAAAGCCUUAGCCUUAAAGAGAACCUUCAGCUCUUGGUCAGCUCUCUGAAAGAGAUGCAAACUGUUGUAGAAACAGAAGCCAAAGAUGUUAAGCAUCACAUCGGCCAACAGUUGUAUGCUAAAAUUGCUGGCCCCAUCACCUCUCUGCAGGAGAAGAUUGCAGUUGUAAAGGACCUGUAUGAAAAUUAUAAGGGAGUUUUAGGAGGUAUAUGUGGUCCAUUCAUUGCAGUGCUGCUGAAACAUGGCAAUCUCUCAGACUCAAUAGAGUCUGCCAUUCAUCAGUUGGUGACUUCCCCUGCCUUAUCCCUCCAAGUUGCUGACCUUAUAAAUCACAAUGACCUCACGAAAAUACUACCAACUACUGACAAUAGCAGCAUCCCUUCAAGGAGUACCGCUCAGCAGACUGGACCACUCAAUCCGUCAACCAGUUUCUCACUGCCUGGCUUCAAACAAGCUAUUCUUCAGGGACAAACUACUAAGAACAGCCUGAAAAUAGCAGCAGACUAUCUGGAAGAAGCUGUCAGGGUACUAAAACCAUCUUGUGAAUUAUUCCAAUGCAUUGUUAAACUGGUCGAGGUCUGUAUCUCACUGGUGCCCGAGAAGGUGCAGUGA